CUCUUCGAGAUGCUGGGAAACAGUCGAUCAAUAGUGACUGGAAGAUAGAACAUUCAGGAACAUUCAAUAUUGCUGGGACCACUGUCCACUAUGUUCGGAGAGGUCUUUGGGAGAAGAUAUCUGCCAAAGGUCCCACAACAUCACCUUUACAUUUAUUGGUGCUCCUUUUCCAUGACCAGAGCUAUGGCCUACACUAUGAAUACACAAUCCCACUGGAUCCCAUUCCCGAGAAUCAGAGCUCUAAAGUACUUGAACCUCUUUUCAUGUGGACUCAUUCUGGCUGGGAGGAUUGUGAUGCUGUAUGUGGUGGAGGUGAAAGAAAAACAACAGUAUCUUGCACAAAGAUUAUGAACAAGAAUAUCAGUCUUGUCGACAACAAGAAGUGCAAAUAUUUAACUAAACCUGAACCACAGAUCCGAAAGUGCAACGAACAGCCAUGCCAGACCAGAUGGAUGAUGACAGAAUGGACUCCAUGUUCGAGGACAUGUGGCAAAGGGACUCAGAACAGACAAGUCGCCUGCACACAGCAGCUCAGGAAUGGCACCUUGAUCAGAGCUCGCGAGAGGGACUGCCCGGGGCCCAAGCCCGCCUCCGCACAGCGCUGCGAAGGCCAGGACUGCAUGACCGUGUGGGAAGCGGGAGUCUGGUCGGAGUGCUCUGUGAAGUGCGGUAAGGGCGUACGACAUCGGACGGUGCGGUGCACCAAUCCCCGCAAGAAGUGUGUGUUGUCCACCAGACCUAAGGAAGCAGAAGACUGUGAGGACUAUUCCAAAUGCUACGUCUGGAGAAUGGGAGACUGGUCUAAGUGCUCUGUUACCUGUGGAAAAGGAAUGCAGUCCCGAGUCAUCCAGUGCAUGCACAAGAUUACAGGAAGGCACGGCAACGAAUGUUUUUCCUCGGAAAAGCCUGCAGCCUACAGACCCUGUCAUCUUCAACCCUGCAAUGAAAAAAUUAACGUUAACACAAUAACAUCACCCAGGUUAGCUGCUUUAACAUUCAAGUGCCUGGGAGACCAGUGGCCAGUGUACUGCAGGGUGAUACGAGAGAAGAACCUCUGUCAAGACAUGAGGUGGUAUCAGCGUUGCUGUGAGACAUGCAGGGACUUUUAUGCGCAAAAAAUGCAACAAAAGAGUUGACCUUUGUCAGGCUGGCUGGCUCUCAGCUCUUUGCAAUCUUAUUAUUUAUGAACACACACA